CAGCUUACCAGGCUGUUUCUGUCUCCUAUUUUUUCUUCCUUCCCCUCAGGACAAGGUUUAUAUUUAUCCAACAACAAUGAAGGUCCUUCUGGUUUUUGAUUUUGACCAUACAGUUGUAGAUGAAAACAGUGAUACUUGGAUUGUGAAAUGUGCACCAGCUUCCAAGCUUCCUGAUGAAAUUAAAAAUUCCUAUCGAAAAGGAUACUGGACAGAAUAUAUGGGCAGAGUCUUCAGAUACCUGUGGGACAUUGGCAUAAGAGAAGAUGAGAUGAAAAGAGCUAUGACAGCAAUCCCUUUUACUGCAGGAAUGAAAGAGCUGCUAGAUUUUAUUGGCAAGCACAAAGACAUUUUUGACUGCAUAAUUAUAUCGGAUUCCAAUGCAAUAUUUAUUGAUUGGAUUUUAAAAGCUGCUGAUGUAUCUCAAGUAUUUGAUGAAGUGUUUACAAAUCCCGCCAGUUUCAAUGACGGUGGCUCUCUCACUGUGCAGAAUUGUCACGCUCAUGAUUGCGCAAAGUGUCCUGUAAACCUCUGCAAGAGAAAAGUCUUGGAAGACUUCCUAGAACAUUUAAAGCCCAAGGUGAAAUACUCACAAGUUAUAUAUAUAGGCGAUGGUGGGAAUGACCUGUGCCCAGUAAUGUGUUUGAAAAAAAGCGAUGUUGUUAUGCCAAGACAAGGGUAUAUGUUGGAGAGCUUGAUUUCUCAGUUGUCUCAGAAUCUUGUUCCCAUGGAGGCAUCGGUUGUCGUCUGGUCAUCUGGAUUUGAGAUACUGGCCUACUUAGAAGUACUUACAAAAGGAUAGAACUAAUUAAUACUGGGUGGUGCUUUCUGAAUCUUACAGCAGAAUCGUUUCUUUAUGAAUGUUAGAAAAAAAUAACUUUGUUUAUGCUACUUUGAUUCACUGUCUUCCCUUGUGCAAACUCGGUGGGGUGGGGUUCCUGAGAAAGGAGGGAAAUUCAUCAAAA